UCCACCGACCAAAUACAACAGUUAUCUUGCAAUCACAAUAUUUUUGUUUAUAAAAGUUUAUUAAUUGCUAUAAUAUCUUGCAAAUUUCUAUAUUAUGUUUCUAGAAUAUAAUAUCCGGCCCGGACCGUUUUUGGUGCAUUAGUAACUACUGACAGGCCAGGGUUGUUCGCAACGGAACUGUUUUCUGUCCGUCGGCUUUUUGUCCCCUUCGAUGAGUAACAUUUACAUCCAAGAACCUCCCACAAACGGGAAGGUUCUUCUCAAAACCACAGUCGGAGACAUCGAUAUAGAAUUAUGGUCAAAGGAAACUCCGAAGGCGUCCAGGAACUUCAUCCAGUUGUGUCUGGAAGGUUAUUACGAUGGCACCAUCUUCCAUCGUGUCAUACCCAACUUUAUUGCUCAGGGUGGCGACCCCGAAGGAACAGGUGAAGGCGGCGAGUCCAUAUAUGGCUACCCAUUCAAGGAUGAAUUCCAUUCCCGGCUGCGGUUCGUCCGUCGUGGUCUGGUUGCCAUGGCAAAUGCAGGACCCAGUGACAAUGGAAGUCAGUUUUUCUUCACGCUCGGCUCCACCCCAGAGCUUGCCCAGAAGCACAGCAUAUUCGGCAAGGUGACAGGUAAUACAAUAUACAACAUGUUGAAGCUACAAGAAGUCAGUAUCGGACCAAAUGACCGACCCUACUGUCCACCAAAGAUCACAUCAACUGAAGUAUUAUCAAACCCGUUUGAUGACAUUGUCCCCAGGCAGUUGAAGCGACCGAAGAAGGAGAAGACGGAGGAGAAGAAGAACAAAAGUCAAUCAAAGGCAACCAAAAAUUUCAACCUUUUGUCGUUCGGAGAGGAGGCUGAAGAGGAUGAAGUCGAAGUGAACAAAGCUACAAAGGACAUGCGUGGGAAAAGUAAAAGUAGUCACGACCUAACCGACGAUCCAAAACUGAGCGCCACUCCAGCCAUUGACCAUGAAGAAGAAACACAGGAGAAUGAAGAUGCUCCGAAGAGUAACUCAGCCAGUGAUGGGGAAAGUGGAGAAGAGAGGAUGUUAGACGAACCGGUGGCCAAGAAGAGCAAACUGACCCCUAAAGAUGGGGAUGGUGGUGACGAUGAGGGGCUGGAGGAGGAAAGAACACAACAGCGGCCCCUGAAACCCUUGAAGGACUCUAAUGUUGUUGACAGUAAGAAGGGAACCCCGGAGAAGAAACUGACUAGAAGUGAAGAGCUUCACUUAGAAUCUGAGAAACUGAAGAAGGAAAUCCGUGAGAUGAAAUACCCCAAGGCAGUCAAUGCCAUGGAAGAGAAAGAACACACUGACCCAGGAACAAAGAGUGAAGUCGUCGCAGAGUUCCGCAAAGAACGGGAGAAAUACAAAGAGCUGAAAUACCAACAAGGCAAGAACGGGCCCAACCGGGAAGAAAUCACGCUUGACUUGCUGUCCAAGUUCCAGAAUCGGCUCCGUGCGGCCCAGAAGAUCGGCGGCGAUUAUUCGGAUGACGAGACGGAGAGCAAAGAUGACCCCAUCAAGGAUGACACGAAGCCUGAUGAUGACACAGACGACAUCAAUGAUAUGUCUUGGUUACGGCACAAGUUACACUUCAUCGAACCCGACUUGAAGGUCCUCGAUGCCAACGUCCACGACGUGGACCGCUACGAGCUCUUCGACCCCCGAAACCCCAUCACGAAGCGGCGACGAGAGGCCAGCAAGCAGGCAAUGGCAUCGAAGAAGUGACCGACCCGAGGCACUUCCACCGUUUGUUAUCAUACCAUCAAUCCAACCAUGGCCAUCACCAUUCAGUCAUCGGUCACUCUCAUUGUAAAACAUCUGAACUCCAUCCCCACCACAAUCACCACCACCACCAUCUUUGAUUCUCUUAUGACCUCCCACCCCCACAGCAAACACCUCUACCACUACUCCCCCCCGCCCGCCACCACACCCUACCAUCCACCACCACCGCCACCGCCAUCCUCAGUUUUGGUGGUAGAACUGUUAAAUAAGGAGAGGGUAGGGGCCAGACAAACCGUCACAUGGCAUCUCCACCCUUAAUGGUUCCCCCCCACCCCUGCCCUCCUCCAGAUUUUCUUAUUUCAUUUUGUUUCAGGAAAUUCUCGUUAAAAAAAGGCAAAAAA